AUGAGCAAAAUACAACCAUUGAACAGACAAUUCAUUUCAAAUAUAGAUACUCAUAAAGCUAUAACAGAUGCUAAAAGAAAUCUAAUUCUAUCAAUUUUGAAAUCGACAACGACGAAGAGAGAAGCUAGAAAUUAUUUGACCAAAUAUCAAAAUCAGUUUGAUUUUGCAAACAUAAAGUUCACUAAAACUAAGAAUGAUGAUCCUUUGAGUCAAAGAGACAAUCAAAGGGAACUAUUUAUUAAUAGGUUUUUGAAUCAAAAAAAUCCAUUCACUAAUAUUUAUAAUGAAGAUGAAACAAAGUUAACUAAAAUACCUUUGAGAUUAGCUAUAUUUAAAAUAAAAUUUCCUAGUAUUACUACGACGCAAUGGAAAGGAAUAGCUGAGACUUUUAAACGACUAAUUACACUAGGGAUUUCACCGAUAAUAUUAUUAGAUUAUGAUCAUUUACCAGAGGACUCAUUCCGACAAAAUGAAUUGUACAUGAUUGAUCAAGCCAGUAAGAUGUUGAACAUUUUGGGAAAACCAGAAGAACAAGGUGAUUUGAAAGCUACUAUUUUAAGAAGUUUGUUUACUACUACUCAAGGCAAUCCUACCAUAAAUAGUUUGGAACUGAUUUUGAUUCCAUUGUAUCAAGGUGUCAUACCAAUAAUCCAACCAAUUGUUUAUAACACAGGCAGUACCAAACAAGAAUUUUUGAGGUGUGACAAGUUAUUAUAUUCAUUAUGUGAAGCACUAAUUGAACAAAGGACAACAAAUUUACUUUCGAUAGAGAAAAUAGUAUUGAUAGAUCCAAUAGGAGGUAUACCUUCAAUUGAAAGAAAUCAGACGAGUCAUGUGUUUAUAAAUUUAUCACAAGAAUAUUCAGAAAUUUUAUCAGAACUAUAUAUUGGCCACAUUGGUCCAAAAGAUCGGGAUUUGCAUGUUGAGAAUUUAAAUAGUAUGAAUUCAAUUUUGACUUUUAUAAUGGAGAAGUCGGGUAACGAUGAAACAACAGGUAUAAUAACAACUCCAGAAAUAUUGUCCAUAAAUAAUGAUCAAUUAAAUCCAAUUAUAUAUAAUGUACUCACAGACAGGUCAAUAAUAUCUUCGUCUUUACCCAGUGCAAAUAAACGAACGCCUAAAGUCUCAACCACUAUCAUAAAAAAAGGUGUUAAUGUUCAAGUGUUCAAUCAUAGUGAUUUUAAUAAAGAAUUUUCAAUGGACUAUUUAUUUGAAAAUGGUUUGGUUGAAAAGGAAAAAUUGGUCAGUCUUUUGAAUGAUUCUUUUGGUAAAACAUUACAAGUUGAUGAUUAUUUCAAAAGAAUAAAUAAAAAUUUGGCGACUUUUAUAUUAGUAGGUGACUAUGACGGGGCAGCAAUUUUGACUUGGGAGGAGAGUGAGGGAGAUAAGAUUGCCUAUUUGGACAAAUUUGCUAUAGCUAAAAGAAAUCAAGGAUUACCUGGAUUAGCCGAUAUUAUUUUUAAAAUCAUUCUACAAUCUCAUCCUACAGAAUUGAUAUGGAGAUCGAGAAAAAAUAACCCAGUAAACAAAUGGUAUUUUGAAAGAUGUUGUGGUUGUAUGAGCUCUCCGGAAUCACAAUGGAAAAUCUUUUAUACCGGCGAUAUAUUUGAUAAAAGAAUUGAUAGAUUCAAAAGAUCUGAACCUUUGGAAAAAGGAUUAGUAAAUAUUGGUGAAAAAUUAAAAAAGUAUUCAGCAAUUUGUGAAAGCAUAGUUCCCUCUUUCAAAUAG